AGUCAAUAUGGCGUUCAGCAGCUGUGUGUGUGUUGUGUUGUGUUUGAAAUCUUAGUGUAUCGUUAUUCCAAGUAAAUUAUGAUCUUAAUUUAAUAAAUUUCACAACCAAAAGCCAAUUUCCAUAAAGGCUUCAACGUGAAUGUCAUCCGUGAAAAGAAAUCGGUAGUGCGCCAGUUUUAAUUAAAGAUUAUUUUGAAGAUUAACACUAUGUCAUACGGACACGAUGAAGGUCCAGUGUAUUACAGAGAGAUACAGAAGAAUGCGUACCUCAAACGGAUACCGAAUGAGACGUCCAGUAGCAAACUCAUACCAUUGGGGCAUAAGAAACCAGCCCUCAAGCCCAUGUGGACACAGUUCUGUGUACACAACGGCCGUGCCCCGUACUUAGAACAAUAUCCUUUAGCUGAGUGUCCGGCGACUCUAGCCCAUAAGCCAGUAUGGCGUGCUUGCUUAAAGACUGCGCGACAUGUGACGGCCAGUGUGAAACCUCACUGGGGCAAGGAGUAUGACUUCUUAGUGGAUACGGAUAAGGGGCCGGUGAGGAUGCUGGCUCCCGAUUGGGAUACGAUGCAAGACUGGGUGUCCACCCUGCGCAAUAAACUCCAUGAGCUACGCAUCUUAUCGUGCGGGGAGAACGUAUACGCUCCUCCCCCGGCUCCCCCCGCGCCCCGCGCUGCAGCCCGCGACCCUACCAGCCCCUUACCCCCCACUCCGCCCGUGCCGCCCGAUAGAGUACCAGGCAUAGAGUUGACAACACCCCCGUCACUAACUCGACAGGAACCGGAAAACGCACCGGAAACCACCUCAGCACCGAUUCAGCAACCGGAACAACCGGUACAACGACCGGAUUUACCAGUCACACGACCAGAACUACCGGUAUUAAGACCGGAACUACCGGUCCAAGAGGAAAUAGACAUAUCGAACUGGGAAGACGCAACUCCAAGCACAAGUCAAGAUACCACUAAAGAAAUACGCAGUAAAAGUAUAGAUAGUUCUAGAAGAGUUACCAAAAUAUGCGGUCAAAAUAUAUGUCUCGACGAUUCUAUCUUGAAAAGGAACGUUGAAUCGACAGAAAGUGAUGAAGAGUUCUUCAAUGAGAUAGAUCGGAUAAGUGAUGAUGUGGAAAAUAUAGAUUUUGAUUACAAGCAGACUUUGGUUGUCACCGAUACUGGUUCUUCGAAUGUCGAUAUCAGAGAAGAGACUAGCGACUCCCAACCUAACAACGUGAACGUGAACGUGACCGUGAUUCAAGUGUCAAACAAAGGCCCUCCCCAUACAGCCAUACCAGUAUUAGGCUCUGAAACUGACAUAUUCGACUUCAGCUUCGCAAAUUCCGAUUCUGGUUUCGUGAACAUAGUCAAUACUGAAGUGGACGUGACCACAGACAAUGGAUACGGAACUGUCUUCACCAAAGACUCGGACUACGGCCAUUUGAGUCUGACAACGACUGUCAACGUGACGGCGGACGUCACCGCGACAGCUGUCAAAGUGACAGAUGUCAAAGCGACCGACAAUGGAGUGUACGAACGCUUGUGUUUGGCUUCGACUUCGAACGAAACGCCUGUGAAUAGAAUAAAAAAUGCAGACAGACCGAGGAAAUCAUCUUUGCCCAAUUUGGAUAGUGCGGAGUCUUCUACGUAUGAGUGUUUGUUCCCAAACGAUAGUGUUAGUGCAGUGACAGUGAAUAGUGAUAGGCGAAACGAGUGUGUUAGUAACAAUAGUGGUGAUAGGAAUCGCAGUGUUACAACGGUGAAUGCGAAUUUGAACUCUAAUGCAAGAGUUUUAAGGUGCAAUGUGGAGAGAUCUCAUAGUCAGAACGCUUACGACACAUCGCCUAGAAUGAGAGAGCAUCUGUAUAGAAGAGUGCAGAAUAGCUGUCCGAAGAGAGAAGGUAGAAAUGAUAAAACUGAGUCUACACAAGCGAAACCCAUCUGGAAGAGGGGUUUGACUGAAUUGUCUUUGCUGAAUCGUCUGCGAGGCAUCGGCCAAGGCAAGAGGCACGAAAGCCCUCCGAGGCAAGAAACAGAAUCCAACGAAAGAGUACUGAAUUCUUCUAUCAAAGUCAACAAUCGGUCUAGAGCGGAAGCUAUCACAGACAACAAUAACUCUAGACGGCGGAGCUCUAGUCUAACCAACGGUCGCGCAGGCCCCGGGGGAGGCCUCAUCCCCCUGCGUCGUCGGCAAGCACUCGCCCUAGAAGCUGACCAACAGAGGCGAGCUGCUAUCCCCACCACGGCCCCUAAGCACCGCCCUCCCCUAUUAGCUGAAUACGAUAACCAUAUAUGGAUAGCGUGGUGGGGCAUGGGCGGGGCACGGUGUAGUGGCCGUAGCGGGGAUCGGCUAGCAGCCGUAAGGGGUUCGAUGCCCAGGGAUUUGCAGCACGCCAAGCUGUUGAUCAACAGCUGCCCGACGCCUGUUGUAGACAUAUUGUUUCAUCGUGUACCGCUGGGUAAAAUCUACGUUAUCAACAAGAGGGAUCAAGAAAGCAUAGGUAUAAAACUAGACAAUGAAUGCAAUAUAGUGAGUGUGGAGCGCAACUCCCCCGCGGCGCGGUGCGGGCUCCCUCCCCCUCCCGCGGGCCCUGGCCCGGGGGCGUGGGCCCUCACCGAGGUCAACAACCGGCCCAUCAACCUGCUCAAGGGGGGAGAAGAUGAAAUGCAUCGGAUAAGUCUACACGGCACAGAAGUUUCUGUUUUACUUCAGCCGUCAUCUCUAGUCAAGAAACUGCGCGCCGCCCUCAAAGCAAACAAGCAUCUACUGUCUAUGAGAUAAGGACUAUUUUACUGUAAUCACUUUUUCAUUAAAUUUUAAAUGAAAAUGUGAGCAAUAAUUGUCUCUGUUGUCUAUUAUAUAAAGACUGUAUUAACUGUAUUUUCUGAAAGUAAUGCAAGGCAGUUUAGAGUGAAUAAUACACUCUAUUGUUUAUGUGAUACAGACGGUUUCACUAAAUCACACACAUUAGUAUACUUUUCAUUGUCUCUUUAAAACAAUUUUAGGGCAAAUAACACUCUGUUGUAUAUGAGAUAAGGACUGUUUUUCUAUAUCACUUUUAUAUAUAAAACUUUUCAGGGAAAUGCGAGACAGUUUACAGUGAAUUAGACUCUGUUUAACUCUGUUAGGAAUGCAGUAAGGACGAUUUUGCUUUAUGUCAUACAUUGCUGCACUUUUUAUCGUACAAACUCCUCCCUCAAGGCAAGCACGUCCUGUCUAAGGGCCGUUCAAGUAUUACGUAAGC